AUGAAAAACAAGCUUGGCUCAGAGGGCACGACUUUUAUCUGUCAUGAGGUUGAAACAGGAAUUCCAACUGUAGUCACCAAAUCAAGAGGCCAAGAAGAAAGAGCUUUCAGCAGCUUUGGAACUGGAGGUGGUCCGGUUCGGCGAGGCCCAAUAGAGGCGGUAGCGGAACCUCAUGUAGAGCCGUACAGUGUCCAAAUGGUCCAAGGUGGAAAUACUGAAGUUGAUUUGAAGUUCGACUGGGGUGCCGAAGAAUGCACCGUCUCCAAAAGUCAACAAUUGGAGCCCGGUAAGUCAGAAGUUGUUUAUAUUACCCAGUCUAUGAUGACACUCAUUCAAAUCAGUACAUUAUAA